CAUGUGAUACCUAGUCAUUAAUGACUUAUGAAGAUUCUCGAAAGUAAUAGAUGGUGCUUUGUGAUCCCGAAUAUAGAGCUGAUUUGCCUGUUCAAUCGCGAUACAUCUGCAUUCGAUGAUAAGACUGCAGAGGAGAUAAGUUCCUCUGCAGCGUGGCGACGCUUCCAAUCCAACUCAACAUCAGCAAAACUCCCCACGACGCGUUCGUCGCGUAAAGUGGAAAUCGCACAACAACCCCAGCGCCUUCGGUCUCAACCCCGUACAUCAUGGCAGACAUAGUCAAUGAAGAUGAGCGCGAGCGUCUCAAGGCUGCUCUCUGGUUCGCGGUCGGCAAGAUCGUCGACGAGGAGUCCAUCAAACAAGGCUGUAACGCUACGCCGCAAUUCAUCGGCGCGCUCACCGAGAUGGUGUGGGCCCAGAUUGAAUCUGUUGCUGGCGAUCUGGAGAGCUUUAGCCGGCAUGCACGGAGAUCCACGGUGACCACGGACGAUGUAGUCCUCCUGGCGCGGAAGAACCCUGAUUUGCUGGACAUUGUUCGCGAUUUCAUCGAUCGGAAGAAGGCAGAUAAGCCGAAGAAGGGAAAGAGCAAGGAAAAAAGGUGACAUCUGCUCGAAAUAGGGGACGGUAAUGUAUAAGACUAUUGAUACCCUAGAGUUAUUAAGCCGAUUAAUUGUAAGUCAAGUGCCAGAGG